AUGCGGUACAUAUCGGUCUCCUCACCCGGCUCCUUCUCCGUGGCCGUGGGCGCCUCCGGGGAGCUGCAUGGGUUUACCGUGCGGCUGUUAGAAAACAGCCGUGGGCGGCUGCGGGCGCGCUCGCUGACGCUGGGCAAAGCGACUGUGGCGAUUCUGCGGGUUGGCGCGCUCGACGACAUGCUGCAGUGCAUGGAGGAGGCGCGGCGGGGGGGAGACGCGGCCGCCGCCCCGUCGCCGUUUUCGCCGUGGCAGCACGCCCGCGUCCACCGCUACCCGCUGCAGGAGGCGGAGGAGGACGCCCAUGCGGAGGCGUCGAGUGCGCUCUUCGCCGUGGUGGGGAGCGACGACGGCUACGGUGCGGCGACGCUGCUGCGCGUCGCGGCGCUCGUGGGUGAGUUGUGCCUCUUCCUUAACAUUGACCCUCGCCAGGGCGGCCCCAACGCCCCUGUGCUGAAGCAGGUGCUGCUUUACGUGGAGUCCCGCCUCGGGCAGCACGACCUCUCGCUGCUGUGCCAGACGAUUGAGCGGCUAGUGCGCCCGGCCAUCAUCGCGACGGGCUUCGCCAGCCCCGACGCCGGUGGACUGCUGGACGAUUUGGUGCGGCAGUCACUCCUGCAGGAUGCGGCCGACCGCCGGCUGCCGAGCUACGUCGCUGUGCUGCUUGGGCACAAGCUUGUGAUGGAGACCACCCCGCGCUGGAGCGAGGAGGCGGCGCGCGUCGGCGGUGUCGAGCGGGUGGCGCUGCUGGACUCGGAUCGCUACUUGGCGUACCUUGUGACCUGCGCCUUCUUUGCGGCGCCGCUGCAGCGCAGCUUCUACGACGUUGCACCGCAGGAGCGGCGGCUGCGUGAGCUUGAGCAGCGACUGCGGCGCUUUGGCAUUCACCGCCACAACGUGAGCCGUCUGGCGGCGCGACGGGCCAUUGAGACGUACGCCGAGGCGUUGCAACAAGAGAUUGUCGGGGAAUCUGCCCGGGCACUGUUCUACGAAGCCGCCUACGACGAGCUGCUGACGCUCAUGACGGGGCGGACCGCAAUGCGUGGGACAGACGAGGUCGCGGCUGCUGGUCGUGCAUGUGUGGCGCGUAAUGAGUACCACCAGGUGGAAAUGGACUUCGACGCCAUUGCGGGCCGCACCUUCCAGCUCGACAGCAUCUGCUUCCGCAACUCAGACUUAGUGGGCGCCAUGCAGCUGCGGUGGAUACCGGCGGUGGGCGCAGCGCCGCAGGGCAGCGGCGAUGCCGCGGGCGCGGACCCACUCCUGGCAACCUGUCCCUUUGGAUACGGUCUCUGCCUGAUGUACCUCCCGCCGCAGCGUGCGCGGGAGGAGGUGCGGCGGGGGUGUUCCUCCACCACGGCAAGCGGACGCGCCUUGUCGCAGCUCGCCCGCGACGUCCACGGCAGCAUUGAGCCGCGCUUUAGCUGCCUUCAGUGGCUGCUCUCGCCUCCAGUGGAGUCUUACGAGAUCCCUGGGCUAAUUCACUUCGUCGCUGUCGAUCGCCGAACAAACGGGGGUGUCGUCGCCAGCUUCCACCGCAUGACGCACGAGCGGCCGGCAAAUGUGCGGGAUGCUGUGGGGACGCUGCGGCGGCUUGUGGCGCUGAACAUCAGCCGCUCCCACACUUUGCUACAGGGCGGCUAUUCUGAGGGAGUCUGGGGUCACCUCGGGAUGCAGUUCUUUUAUUGCGUCUGCAACCUGCACGAGGCCGCCGAAACAGCGGUAGCGCCGCCGACGACACGCGCUGCGCCGACUCCGCCUGCCGCAAGGAGGAAGAAGGCAUUUUUCUCCUUUGCUCGUGAGCCCACGCGGCCGCCAACCCCAACACCGUGCGCUCCACCGACAGCGGCGGCCACGGCCUUGCUAUCCUCUUCGCAACAACCGUCGCCAGCGGAAGGGUCUGGGGCUUCUGCAGGGGCCGCGGCGUUUCUUUGGGGCUCCCUCGACGCACGCGGGAGGCUUCCCGCUGCCGUUUUGCCGCACUUGGUGCUGCGCCCGAUGCUGCUGCCGGACUUUGCGUGUGACGAGCCGGCGGGGGACUGCGUGGUGGAGGUGUACGCCGUAUUUGUGGGAACCAUGUCGCCUGCUGAGGUAUGCCAGGCUGUGGAGAAGCUGCUGCGCGGCCGUGCGCUGCCGUCGCGGAGUGCCCGCUGA